GUGGUCCAACUGGCUUCAGAUGGUGUGUGUAUGUGCGUGUGCCUGCCUCGGAGUGUGUGAGACGAGCUGGGAUCAUGAGCCAGGCUCCAACCAAGUGGUUUUAAUCAGCAGCCCAUUAGAGGGGAAUGGAAAACUUCUAACGGGAUAAGAGCUGAGUUGUUCCCACAGCCCCAUGGGAGGGCAGUUCACAGGACCCUGUUCUUCUGGACGCGGUGACUUCUUGCCAGGCACCAGGAAAGCUCUCAGCAGCAGGAAUGGGGAAAGUCCUCCAUAGCUUUGGAUAAAGCCCGCUUUGGCAUUUUUACCCUGUCAGGACAUGGCUACUGCAUCUGCAAUGUGGCCAAGGGUGGAGUGAGGACAGCACACUGGCCAUGGUUUGUGGGCACGGCCCCAGGUGCCGCAGGCUCUGUCGCCCUCGCCCCUUCCUCCUGGCCCUGGUGGUGGCCGUCUGCCUGUUCUGCCAGACCCUGACUCCCCUCAUGACCAACAGCUUCCUUUCAGCAGUUGUUAAUGGGAUCUCCCCGAACAAACAGAGUAAAACACGGCAAGGAAGAUACAAGGAGGUUGCAGCCAGCGACACACGCUGCUUCUUCCCCAUCAGUGAUUCACACACAUUGAAAAAGAUCGAAGACACUGUUCUCCAGUACUUUGGAAGCCGUAUGAGAAGAGCAGUCCUGUAUGCACCUCCUGCCCACAGCAAAACUGAGCAUCAGCUCUGUCAGCGCAUCCUGGCAAAGCAUGGAUAUUCAGUCACAGUCCUUGAAAACAGGAGAUUGGUGGAAGACCUGAGACAUGGGGGCCCUUAUCACAGUAGCAUAAGCCCUUGGGAUCUUCUGAUCUGCUUAUCUUCCACAAAAGGUGAUGAUACUAGCUGCAUUCAGAGAGAUGACUUGAAUCAACUGGAGUUAUUCCAGAAGGUAAACCUACUUCCAGAAAUUCAGUAUUUCCUUUGCAGUAAAGAAGGAUUGUGCCAGAUAACAAAAGCCUUUUCAGACAUGCAGCUCUCAAUUGCCACCCCAGAGUGUUCCAGUUGGCGCGGGCAGUCAGGGGACAACACUGCAAGCAACAUCACCCACGGCGACAAAAACAAUGUCAAGAAACACAUCGCCCAUCUGCAGUACUUAUGGAGCCAAACCAAUGGAGCACAGCUGAGUCAAGUCUCAGCUUCAUCAGACCACAAGGAUAUCCUUAAAGCUCAAGACCUUUCUGUCAUCAUAAAAGCAUACGUGCUAGUUACAUCCUUAACACCUUUGAGGGCUUUUCUUCAUUCAGUUGCUACUGUCUGGCAUCCACCCAAGAAGAAGCACUUUUCUGUAAAGCUGCAAAGGUUUUUUGAGAUGUUCUUCAAAAGCAGUUAUCCCCAGCAAACCUUUAAUAACAUGAAGGAAGCUAUAAGCAAACUUCUACUUAUUACUGAGGUCCUCAGUGAAUCAUCUGCCUCAGGACCAGGCUCUUUCAAUCAAUGCAGCCAAUGUUUUCAAAUGCUGACCUUUGACAUUGGGUUCAGCACCUCCAUACACCCCAUAGUUCUUCAGGUGCAUAAAAAUUUUGACUUUCAAGAUGAGGAGAAAUCAAAUCUUCAGGACCAAAUUUUCAAAGAAGCUAUUUUUGAAGACACUUUCAGGCUUCUAUUGUCCAAUAAGUCCUCAAGUUCCAGUUUCAUAAAAGCUUUACGAAACAUAUAUGGAUCAACUGUGAACAAGGAUGAAAUCGUCAUCAAAGAAGAUGGACAAUGUUUGUCUUUAGAGGAGAUAAAUUCAAUGAUGACAUUUGUUAAAGAGGUGAAGAAUCUUGGACAAUUUGAGCUGCUUUACCCUUCUGCUGCACCCAAGAUCCAAACCUUCCUGCGUGACCUUUAUCACAUGGUAGACCCAAUGAGACAACUUGGUUCAGUCCUGACGGUACAUUGGUUGCUUACCAGCUUGCUUGAACAAUUCCAGUUCAUGACCAAAAAGACACUUACAGAUCUUUCAGAAUGGAGAAGGAAGAAGAGCUCGAUAAACUCAUCUCCAACUGCAAUGAAAUGGUUACAGCCCAGGAAUUCUUCUCAAGAAAAUGUGAUUCCAAAGCAGAACUUUCAUUUUCGCUUGUGGAAGAAUCAUGAAGCAUUGCUUUAUGCCAGUAAGACUAAAGAAAUUCAGUGCAGUUAUGAUAAAGAUACCCUAUCUCAUAUCAGGCAGAUCUUCACCAGUCCACAGCUGGACUUGAAUCCUCAGUUUAACCCAAAAAUCAAGGAGUACUAUGCAGAAGUCCCAUUUGACGUGGUAACAGUGAAGAUUGGAGCAGAGCCUUCUAACUGUCAGUGCCAAGUCCACCUUGAUGAGAUGAAAGGACCAAGCAUUGCUAACUACCCACUUGGCCUUGGAUUGAACAAAAUUGUCGUUCUUGUAACAGAUGAUUCGCAGCCCAGUCCUCAGGUUGUGAGCAGCUAUAAAAUCAAAAUUUAUCGAGAGGACCGCCCUAGUCUGCCUUUGUUUGAUGACUAUAUGAUUUGUGGUUUUGUGCAGGACUGUGGCUCUCAAAUUCACCCAGAGGAGUCCUGUGGCUUGCAGCCUCUGUCUCAUGAGUACCUGUCUGCAAUUUCACAGACUGCACUGAAGACCUGUGAAGCUGGAGAUGCGAAAGGGCAGUGGAUUGUCCCUUGCCUCAGCUGCUCUGACAACAGAACCUGUGACUGGAGAGAAAUAAUGUGGCAGCCCCAUGGCUGCCAAUACUCUGUGCUUGAUAAGCCCGAGCUCCAGCAGUGUGUGGAAGGCAGAAAGAUUCUUUUUAUAGGUGACUCAACCAACAGAGGGAUGAUGUACUAUCUAAUAGAAAGAGUGAAUGAGACUCUUCAGGAAUGGCAAAAGACUCAUGAUGUUAAAUGUUAUGAUAAUAUCAAUAAGGGAAAAACAUUUAUCAGUUACUCCUACUAUCCCCAGUUUUGGAUGACUGCAAACCAGAGACCAACUUUUGAAAAAGCGCUAGAACAACUGCUGCAGAGAUCACGUCCGCUGGAGAACACAGACCAGACCGUACUAAUUGUAGGUGGCGUUCAGUGGCUUAAUUCCAAUCACCUGCAAAUCAUCCAAAAGGUGUUGAACAGAGAAAAUCUAUCAAAUAUCCUGGUAAUUAUCAAAUCCAUAGGGAUGGGCUUUCACCUCCCAGUGGAUGGAAUACAUUCUUUAUCACAGGCAGAAGUACAAAACUUGUGGAAUGAAAACUUGGUUAUCUUGGAGACAGCAAAAACAUAUGGCUAUGAAGUUGUUGACACGUUCAUCAUCACAAUGGGACGAUACAAAGAAUUCCUGCGGGGGAAGUGCGGGUGUCAUUUCCAUGAGGUGGUGAAAUACAAUCCUUCUGAAGAAAGUCCACACAUAACAAUGACGUUAUCGAGGCACUAUACACUGGGGAAAUAUUUCAGCAGUCAAAGCAAGCUAUCACAACUGCAGGACUAUGCAUCAAAUUCUCGUUCCCCAUAUCAUGUCCAAGGUCCAAUAAAUCAAGUUUAUUCUGAAAUCCUUCUGAACAGGCUCUGUGCAAGUAAGAGAGGGCUUGUUAGCACGUAGCCUCCCCUGGAUGUAGCACUGGGACUGGAGAUAUGCCACUACGUGAGUGACAUAGAAGGACCAUGCUGAGUUUAUGACACGCUUCCUUGAUUGCCUGCACAUGUACCAACAGUUUGAAACAUGGCAUUUUUCCUAACGUGUUAUCAAAUCAAGAUACAACAUGGGAGUUUUGUGGUUUCAAAAUGGAAGAUGGAGGGAUGCAAAGAGAGAGCAGAGGGGAAGUUACUUGAACUGUUGCCAAAUGCUAGAACAGCUGUAGCUCAACCAACUGUUUAUUAAUGAUAGUAAAGAGAGAGAAAUAUAUACACUUGAACAAUUUGGAAAGGACUGCUUUAGCUCUUCCGCACUAUAUAAUUUUCUAUUUAUAGAGACACUGUAAUAUUUGAUAGUAUUUAGAGACUGGUUACAUUCCAUUUGAAAGAGUUUUAUUUUAUGUGGAUGGGAUCCCCUUCAGUAUCAACCCUUUUCUAUUUAGACACUUGGUUUAUAGAAUUUGAAAGUGCCUUUUUGAACUUCAGUGUUUUUCCUGGAAACACUUCCCUUCUUUGUAUGUUAAAUGCAACAAAUGUCUAUUCUAUUUUUUGCAUUUUCUGAAGUUAAUAUAGAAAUAGAUUUCUUAGAAUUGAGACUGAUUGUAAUUGUCUCAAGUUAACAUGUAAAUUCAGUGAAUAUGUUAACAGACUUAUUUAAGGUCACAGUUUAGAUGAAUGGCCAUACGCAGGAAGGCUGCACCAUCCUCAUCAGCUCUGUGGCUGUAGUUAACUCUGACCAGAUGAACAUAACAGAUAUUUUAAAAAAACAUCCAAUAAAUCCAGGACAUGAUAUGUUUUGGCACAACAACAAAUGUCUUAAGAGGAAGCAGUAUUGUUUUCGUAUGAAUUAAAAGUGUGAAGAUCACUUGAAAAGUAAAAAAAUAAAAAAAAAAAAAAAAUCAAGUACACACUAGAGAGGGGAAUCAGAACCAGGUAUGUAUGAGUCUAAUAAAGGAUCCACUGGGUUCUCUGGCUUGCUUCCCCCUUCACAAAUUUAUAUAUAAUUCUCCACUUGCUUCCACUCUCUUUGGAAGAGGAAGCUACAAGCAAUGUCAGUGAAGAUACAAAUUAUAUCACAAAACUAAUCGCUAUCUUCCUGGCCUUUAUAGCAAAGAGGGGCUGCCAUAUGUAGAAAUAAGACUAGAAAUUAAUGACACCACAUUUAGAGUUCACCAACAAGAUCCUUAAACACAGUCUGUAUUCCUAGCUACAGUAUUGUGAAUUCUCACUCCUUCAGAUAUGUUAAGUCAUGCAAUGUGGAGUCCUGUUUUCCUAGGUAGUCAGAAGAGUCUCAGAAAGAGGAUUUGGUACCCUCUAAUCUAGAAGACCUCCUGCUACGUUAACAAAGCUUCUAGUUUAGGCAAUGACAUCAUCAUUAGUGAGACAGAGUGAAUAUAUAUAUAUGUUUUUUUCUAUAAUAUGCUGCUGCUAUGCUUACAGUAAAUGUCCCUGAAUUUCUACGUAAGGCUUUUCAUGAAAUAGAGCAUUAUAGGAAAGACAGGGUCAGGAGCUGUACAUAAAUACUGCAGAUGUCAGUAUUUGGUUUUGAGCAAUGUGAUUGUCUAAGGAAUAUAAUUGUAUGCAAAUGCCAUGAGAUAGUAAACUUGGGUUUGGAACUCUGUACAAGCAAAAAAACUGCACAAGCUUUAAGUCAAGAGCUUUUAUAUUAUGCCAUUAGUAUCAGUUGAUGCAAAAGGCAGCCAGAUAUAAUUGUCAUUGAACUCAUCAGUGACAGGAGUAGUACAAUUCUGCUUCUGUUAAGAUUUUCUUUGCUCAUUCAAAUCCACAUGCUGUGGCUGCUAUUGUUAUGUACACAAAUGUUUUUAAGGCAUAACCUGUGUUUAUGUGUUUGUGGUUUGUUUUUAAUCAAAGACUAUGGCUGAAGCAUCAGCUACAGUGAGAAAAAGAGCUGACUUUGUUAUACUGUAGCUGAUAUUGGCAAAUGUGCAAUUCAUCAUUUCCAGUUUCACCACAAAAUGGUUUACAUGUGCUGUACACACAGAUGUCUUAAUGUUUUCCAAAUCUUAACAUUUUUCAAAUGUAGCAAGUUGGAAUUCUUCUAUGUUUGCUGUUUUUUAUCUAUCUGUGUAGGUAUUUACGUGUGUACAAAUUUAUUGUUACAAUUUGCAAAAAAUGUUUAUUUAAACAAGUUGUUUGAAUAUAUUUUUUUAUCACUGUAUAUGAGCCAUGUAAUGUUAGGAAUAAACAAAGGGAACACAGGUGCCAAAGUAGAUUUUUCACUAUUUCACACAAAAUAUAUAUCUAUUAUCUAAAGGUACAUGAAAGAAGAGAUUUGAGAUUGACAUGGAAGCACUGCUUGUUCAUACACAUCAAAAUGAAGACUAGGACAAUAAAAGGAUUACUCUGUCUGAAUUCCAGGGAGAGUACAUGUGCUGCUAUUAUUGUUUUGCUCUAGAAUUAUCUCGUCUGCUAUGAUAUUUUGCCAGAAUAAGCAUUAGAAUAUUUCGACUGUACUCACUGGCUCAUAAUAUAGUUCUUUCCCCCAUAUGUUUGCCUUAGUCACGUUAUGCACCAUUAAAAUGGCAAAAAAAAAAAAAAAAAAAAAAAAAAAAAAUCAUUUUAAGGUGAGUUCCUCUUAGUACAGACAUGAAUAGUCCUAAAACUGAUGGAAAGAUUGGCACAAUCAACCUAAUCAACCUGGGGAAAAAGUGCACUGAGAAGUGGUGUUUCCUGCUCAACUUCUGACCAGCAACACGUCGAGCACAGAGUGGAAUCAGGAUAUACUUUAAACUACAGGUGAGGGCACUAAAACUGUGCUGUAAAAAAAAUAAAUGCCCUGAAUACAAUGCAAUAAUUUCAGUCAUAAUUGCAUUCCUUUGAACUUAAGUUGAAAAAUGAUGUAUCAUCAUUCAGAGUUACUCACUGUCUUUCACAUGAGUACAAAUUUUGCAGUUAUUUGAGUUUUAUCCUUCUAGGGUAGAGAGCCACCAAAACCAAGUUCAUCUCAAUGAGUAUCUUUGGAAUAGCUGUCUGUAAUAAAAAAAGAUUUCCCUAUUUGUAGGGAAAUGCCUUGGCAAGUCAGCUCUGCCAUUGAGAUGUUGUAUUUCAACUAGCUUUAUUUGACAAGGAGCUGAAAGAAUGAUCUACAAAUACUGUUUUUACACUUAAUAUUCAUUUGACAAUGUUAUUCUUUAGAAUAAUCUUUUUCACAACAUUAAAUGUAGGCCUUCUACUUUACUUCUCCGUGACAUAUUAAAGGCACAUCAAAGACAAUUUAUUUGCUUAGCGGGUGGAGUGGUGGGGCAUCCAAUUACCUCAAGGUUGAAAUAACCACUAAUAGUUAUGCUUCUGUUGCUAUGCUGAGCCAAAGAGAAUGCUUUGAAGAAGCAGAUAUGUAUGAUAUUAAGUUGACUGCAGUCCAGGGAUCUUUCAGAUUACUUUUUUUGGAAUAAAGCAAUUUUUUUAGAGGUGCAGUGAGCUAUUUGGCAUAGAAUCAAGCUCCUAAACAAGCCCCUGUAGUCUCAGACGAAAAAUAUAGUUUGCCUGUUAGCUCUGCAUCUGGCUUGUCUUACCUCAUUGUUUUGACUGUAUGUACCUGCUGUAUUCCACUUCAUCCUUUCUUUCUGAUGACACGAGAAGUUCCUCUUUCACUUUAGAGAGCUCAGCUUUUGGAAACCUGAGAGAAGAUUGUUGCAAAUACAGGGCGAUUCUUCAAAA